GAACUGUGACGCCAUAGCACUCUACCAAGGGCAACAUAAUGGGACUCUGUCUCUAAAUAAAUAAAUAAACAAACAGGCUGGGUGUGGUGGCUCACACAUCUAAUCCUAGCACUCUGGGAGGCUGAGGUGGGUGGACUGCCUGAGCUCCCAAGUUGGGAAACCAGCCUAAGCAAGAGUGAGACACCGUUGCUACAAAAAGAGCCAGGCGUUGUGGCACGCACCUGUAGUCUCAGCUAUUUGGGAGGCUAAGGCAAGAGAAUCACUUGAGCCCAAGAGUUUGAGGUUCCUAUGAGCUGUGAUGCUAUGGCACUCUACCCAGGGCAACCAAGCAAGACACUGUCUCAAAAAUAAAUAAAUGAAACAAAACAACCCCCCCCCCCCAAUGAUCAGGGCAUGUAAAAUGCCUGGCAAAGGGUUAGAACUCAGCUAAUAUUAAGGUUGUCCAGCCGGCUGAUGACAGAAUUCUACAACGUAUCAGUCUGGCCACCCCUCCCCCACUAAGACAAAUGAGACCAUACAGCUGAGCCCGGUUCAGUAAACUGAGGCUGGGGCAGUACCUUCCAUAUCCACUGAAUUGGGGUUCUCUGGAUUCUGAAAAUGUGGCUAUUUGGAGGUCUGUGUCCCAAGUUCUUUGAAAAAACUUUUUCCUCAGGAAGUACAAAGUACUCUCUCUCUCUCUUUUGAGAGAGUCUCACUAUGUCAACCUCAGUAGAGUGCUGUGGUGUCACAGCUCACCGCAACCUCUAACUCUUGGGCUCAAGAGAUUCUCUUGCCUCACACCUAGCCUAGCUAUUUUUUAGAGACAAGUCUUGCUCUUGCUCAGGCUGGUCUCCAACUCCUGAGCUCAAACAAUACACCCGCCUAGGCCUCCCAGAGUGGUGGGAUUACAGGCGUGAGCCACCGUGCCCGCCCCAAAGGGAAGAUUUUAUGUUUGUUGAGGGAAAGAAAGGAGAAAAACGGCGUGGGGCGGGGGUGAGGGGGGUCACAAAGACCUGCACCCUAGCUGUAACCACUACUUAGUCACCAUGUGGCCUUGGACAAGUCCCUUCAUUUCUCAGUCUUAGAGAUUUCUUAUAUCUAAAAUGGAGACAGUAAUUCCUACCCUUCCUAACUGACUGGGCCAUGGUGGGGUCAAAUGGAUCUAUAUGUGAAAUAAAGUUAUGGAGUGCAAAUCUGUUGGAAUGUAAGGGAUUACUGUCAAGGAAGAAAUAAGAAUGGUUCACUGACUCGGUGUGGCAAGAGGAAGUGAAGAUGACACCUAGAUUUUAAGCCUAAGUGACUGGAGUAGAGGGUUCUGGUUCUCUGGCCCAUUCUGUCUCAGUCCUUUGGGCAGGGGCUUGGAGUUUGGAGAACGUCUCUCAAAGGAGACGGUGGCCCUCCCCAUGAAUUCACCCCAUCAGCUUGGGCCAGAAUCCUUUGCCCCCCAAUUUUCGUCUUGUUUAGCACCCACUGGAGGAGGGUGCUACACUCUUCGUCCUGAGAUAGUAAGGAUUAAUGAUGCCAACUCAUUAAUUUCCAGCUCCUCCCCAACAAACAGGCCCACUGACUGGACAGGACAUCCCUGUCCCCGCUCAGGAAAUGCUCCUGGUAGAAGAGAGGAGACCAAGUCGGCCCCGGAGGCCAUUUUCUUCUUCAGAAGUGGAGGCGGCGGUGGGGGUGGGGUGGGGGGAGCAAGGCCUUUAUCUCACCCCCCCACGCCGCUGGGAUCUAGGCUCUCCUGCUUGUCUUCUCGGCCCAGGAGGGCCGCUCAUUCGCGGAUCACGUUUGCACUGGUCCCUGGGGAGGAAGCCGCUCUCAAGAGGCCGGGGCUGAGACUCGGCCACCUUCACCUGAGUUGUCUCUCGAGGCUAGUCUGGGGGUCGACAUCAACCGGGACUCGAACCCGCUUUUUCGUCCUCCGAGGCCUAGUUCAAGGAGGGUGCGCUAAACAGUUACACUGUCCCUUUAAGGCGGCACGUUUUAUUCUUCAUUUGUUUACUUCUUCAUGCGCUUUUUUCUUAAUUUUUACAAAAAUGUGAUCACAAUAUCCUUCCGCAAAUGUCAGAAGCAGGCACUAACCACAAGCCUUGAAGCCAUUAAUGUAAAUUUAAGAAUGUAGAGUUAGCAGCCGUCUUUCAGCAUCACCCUUCAUAGAAUUUUAUCAAUCCUCUUUUACACUUUAGGGACUACUUUUUAGGAAUAAACCAUUUUUGCUUUAGUCAACACAGAUUUAUAACCUUCAGAAUCCUUCCGCUGAGGAAAGAAUACGAGAAUAGCCUUUACGACGCACCUUUUCAUAAAAAUAUUCUAUGUGUGCUCUCACAGGCUAUCGAAUCUUUUCGUAUUCCUGAAACAGAAUGGUACAGUCCAGAACCCGCCUCACUUUCUCUGCGAUUGGUCUUUCUUCCUCAAUCAGUCGUAUGACUCUUGACCAAUGAUCGUUCACGUUUCUUCAGGGAAGGCUAAGCGAUGGGAGGAGGCGGCCUGGGAGUCGCCCCCUAUCCGUACUGGGAUUGGCUACGUCGUACGGCGCGCGAGGACGGCGGGCCUGAAGGAUGGGAACUGCGACUCCCAGCUUCCCGCGACGAGAACCCUGUUACGCAUGCGCAUGGGCGGGGCGAACAGGCUCCUUUAUAAAAGGAGCGCAGAGGCCUGGGAGGCAGCAGUUGGAAGUUGGCAGGUGGAAAGGCAGGUUGGGAGGGAAAGUCGGGGGAGGAGGCGGAAGAGGCGCUAUCGGAAGGGGGAGGAGGGAGGGAGGAAAAGAGGAGGAGGCGGAGGAGAACUGAGCUGAGCAGAACAGAACAUCGAGCCAAAGGGGAGAUGAGUUUGUCUGUCCUCGGCUGAGGCUCCGGCCGGGCCUAGGGAACUGGGAGCUCGGGCUUGAGCGACACCCGUGGAAGUGGAAGGAGGUGGCUCUGGGACUUUAACCCCUUGUGGGCUCUGCGACAGGGGACUUAACCCUUUGUGGAUUUGGCCCCUCGGAGGCAGCGUCAUCGGUAGUUUUAACCCCUUCGGGGCUGGGUUUAACCCGUUGGACUUACCCUCAUCACCUUGCUCACCAACUCUUCGAUCGUGGGGGCGCUCUGCGGGGAAGCUUGAGGCCCACCCCCCUCAACACAUUACGUACUGUUCCUGCGCUGCACCCCCUUGGACCCGCUAGCUGGCCGCGUUGUGGGCGCUUAACCCUUUACUGACUUGAGCUCCCCAGUUGCAAUUGGAAUUUGCUGACGGAAGGACUGGCUAAAGGUAUCACUGCAGGAAUUACAAACUCUGAUGGACAUUUUUUUUUUUUUUUAAAGAAAAAUCUCUUUUUCCUUAAGGACUUACUAGUCAAAAUUUCUCUAACUUCGAGAAGAGGACUUUACUAGUUAUGGCCGAGCCACUCUUGUCAGAGUAUCAACGCCAGCCUCAAACUAGCAACUAUACAGGUGCUGCUGUUGUCCGUGAAGAGCGGAACCCUGAACGCCCCCCAGGCGCGGAGGAGCGGGUACCCGAGGAGGACAGUAGGUGGCAAUCGAGAGCGUCCCCCCAGUCGGGUGGCCCUCCAGUGCCGGAGGGGGAAGGGAGCCUGGAGCCCCAGCCGCCUCCUCAGCAGACCCCGGCCUGUUCACAACCGACCUGCCUGGAAGCGGGCGAAAAAGGCCAGAAUGGGGACGACUUGUCCACUGGUAGUGCUUCUCCGCCGGCGGCAGGAGGGGAACCGAAGCCCGAGUCUGAGCUUAACGCCCAGCCUUGUCAUGACUCCGAGGCCAACAAGUUGGGGGCUCCUGCUGCAGGGGACGAGGAGGCGUGGGGACAGCAGCAGAGACAGCUGGGCAAGAAAAAACAUAGAAGACGCCCCUCCAAGAAGAAGCGGCAUUGGAAACCAUACAUCAAGUUGACCUGGGAGGAGAAGAAAAAGUUCGAUGAGAAACAGAGCCUACGAGCUUCGAGGAUUCGAGCCGAGAUGUUCGCCAAGGGCCAGCCGGUCGCGCCCUAUAACACCACACAGUUCCUCAUGGAAGAUCACGACCAGGAGGAGCCGGAUCUCAAAACUGGCCUCUACUCCAAGCGGGCCGCCGCCAAAUCCGACGACACCAGCGAUGAGGACUUUAUGGAAGAAGCGGGCGAGGAGGAUGGGGGCAGCGACGGGAUGGGAGGGGACGGCAGUGAGUUUCUGCAGCGGGACUUCUCGGAGACAUACGAGCGGUACCACGCGGAAAGCCUGCAGAACAUGAGCAAGCAGGAGCUCAUCAAAGAGUACCUGGAGCUGGAGAAGUGCCUCUCGCGCAUGGAGGACGAGAACAACCGACUGCGAUUGGAAAGCAAGCGGCUGGGCAGUGACGACGCGCGUGUGCGGGAGCUAGAGCUGGAGCUGGACCGGCUGCGCGCGGAGAACCUCCAGCUGCUGACCGAGAACGAACUGCAUCGGCAGCAAGAGCGGGCGCCUCUUUCCAAGUUUGGAGACUAGACUGAAACUUUUGGGGGGAGGGGGCAAAGGGGACUUUUUACAGUGAUGGAAUGUAACAUAUACAUGUGUAUAUAAGACAGUGGAUCUUUUUAUGACACAUAAUCAGAAGAGAAAAUCCCCCUGGCUUUGGUUGGUUUCGUAAAUUUAGGUAUGAUGUAGCUUGCGUGCUUUCUCCUGUUCUUUAAUUAUGUGAAAUUGAAGAGUUGCUUUUCUUGUUUUCCUUUUUAGACACUUUUUCAAUGUGAAAGUAAUUUGACCAGGUUAUAAUGCAUUUUUCUGUUUUUAAAAAAAUUCCCUCCUUAAACGGAGCUAUAAAGUGGCCAAAUCUGAGAACCAUUAAAUUCAUUUUAGUUAUAAUAAAUUUAAUAUUUGUAAAUGUAA